UUUAUUGAUUGACAAAACAUAAGAAUGCCAUUACAAAGGGCUUCAACGAGCCACCGCACGGAGUCUGUCUCGAGGCCUAGAACAAUUGCGUGUGGUACAAUAAAUCACGUUAAGCUUUGAUGUCUUCCAUCACAGGAUGAUUGGUGACAAUGACACAGCGUAGUAAGCAUCCACCUGCAGUUUUGAAUGUGGCGAAGUCAUUGUGAAUCACUCGAUCUGUGGUUCACCAAAGCACAACAUACUCUCUUCGGGAAAUGGUGGACGUGUCGUGCUCGAUGUCGUGUCCACACUUCAUUGUCCCCGAAACCAAACUCCACAACCGUUUGGAUAUAAAUCCAGGUCAUCGAUGAGCUCGAAACUCAAACUCACCCAUUCCUCACCUCUCCUUCGUCAAGUCCCAUAGUCAUCUCCAAAUAUGUCUGCCCCAGCUAUGUAUUACAACGUCGAAGUCGUCCAGUUUUGGCGAGGCCAGAAAGAGUACCUUCGGCCUUAUCCCCUUCACUGGGUUAUCUAUAUCCCGACGGGUCCUGGUAUUGGGAACAUGUACCACAUCAUAGGAAACACAAAUACCUACACCAUGGAGUUCAGACGCAACCAGCCACACGUGAAUCCCGAUGACUGGCGCGGAAGUUUUACUAUUGGAAGAGUAGCCGCCCAUAAGCUGGCUUUGUUCGAGAGUCAUCUCGCAAGCGUGCCGAUCACGCGUCACGAUCCCCGCUGGAACUCCCAGAACUGGGUGUGGGACUGUAUUCGCCACCUCCGCCACCAACGUUUUGAGAUCAGCUGGCAGUUUAGACAAUGCGACCUUCAAACGAAGAUGUGCUGCCUGCUGGAGGACUGGGAUUUCGGUCGAAUUUAGAAGUCGAAGAUCAUAGAGUUUAGACACUUGUUUGCAUUCUACAUUUGUAUCAUAUAGACGACUUUGGCGGCCCUCUCCUAAACGAUUGCAAGUGACUUUCGUUGUCUUGCUUAACUCAAAAGGUUUCCUCACAGAUCAAGUCCUGUCGCUCUGACAGACAGCACAAUUGGGAGACGCUAGGCGUUUAGCAUGCCGCAUGGGAUGGAAAAGGCGAUAGUGUACUGGAGUUGAGCGCGACCAGCAGCCUCAGCAGUCCAGGAAUUAAAUUUAAAGUAUAAGUC